AUGCCUGCUCCAGGCUCAAGUUACAAUCGUCCUAUUCUCCCCGCUCCCUCAAAUUCAGAACCCCAAAUGCACAUUUCCCAUACUCUACUACCUCGUCCACCACGAAUUGGUGUCUCGGUCGCCUGCGAAACUCGUCGAAGACGCAAAACUCGAGUACAGCACCCACGACUGAUAAGUUUGCAACGGGAAUCGACCACGAUGUGCGAAAUGCCACACAAAUGGAAUACCAUGUACCUACGCCUUGCCUUUAAAGGACCACGAGCUACGACAGCAGAUCAGGACCUUGGAGGCGGAACAAGAGGUUAA